CAUUUCAUCAGUAGGUGUGGUUUCAAAACAUCAGAGAUAAGUCUGAUUAACUCAAUAAAGGGUUUAUAUUAGUCAUAUAUUUUCACCUGUGUAUGUUGUUUUAACCUAAAAUAUUUCAACAAAAAUGCAAAGAAAUUACAAUAGGAACGAUCAUAUGGCAUUAAAGCCACUUGAAACCAAUUUAGACUACGAAUUAUCCAGAUCAGUAGAGAGCAUCUAUUCUUUGCAAACAGUAUUAGAAGAUGAUGAUCGCACUUGCUGCGAAAAGUGCCUCACCCGAAUACCUUAUGCCACUUUGAUCGCGACAAUAAUGUGUGCCUUAGGCGUAGUGAUAUAUUGCAGCACCAUGUACAGAGGAGCAACGUUAUCCGUUCUGAUGUUCAGCGAAGUCUUUGGGAUGCAGGUGUUCUGGGUCGAAGCAGUAAAGAUGGCGUUUGUUCUGAUUGGUGCUUGCAUGGGUGCCCUAGGUCUAAUGAUUCUAAUGGUAGGAUUCCUGGCUACUGGAGCAACGAGACACAAAGUGUACAGAGGAUGGGGGUCUAGAGUGACAGGCAGACUGAGUUGUGCAACGUUCAUGUGCAUCACAUAUGUCCUACAAAUAAUUUGGAUUAUAAAAUUCUGCAUUUUGGUCAUUGUGACUUUUGUUUUCACAAUAUUUUGGAAAAUGUGUGAAAAUCCAAGGGUUGCAUCCCUACAAGAUGAUAUUGAUCUCACACAGUUCUAUUUUCUGUUUCCUGAGGGGACCGAAACGGACCACAUGAAAGUAUCUGGUGAAAGCAACGUAAAAGCCUUUUGCAAAGAUUACGUUGAAAAAGUCGAAAGUAUGUUCAUACUGGCAUCAGUAGCAUCGAUACUUGUCAUAUUAAGUUUGAUACAUUACCUGAUGUGCCUGGCUGCAAACUACGCUCACAUUCGAGACCAGGAGAAGUUUCUACAAUUUCAGGACCUUCAGAUGUUGAACGAUAAUGACGCACUAGUCGGGAAAAAUAGAUUCUAGGAUACGGCCCAGGAAAUCCACAUGCCCGAAAUCAGGUGGGAACACAUGACAGCUAAUUUAUAGCAUUUUCACAGCUUCUUUUUCAAAGCAAACAAUAACUAAUAUGCAAUGCGCUAUUCUACUGUGAUAGUAACCUAAAAGUUGUAAUUGUGUUUUAUUGGUUGAUUUGAGAAUGACACUCAACAGUUGUCAUUAAUAUAUCUUGAACUUUCUGUCUUCCCUUAUAUUUCAUAAUCGUUACCUGGUUGGGCGUCUGUAUUUCCUGGGAACUGUCUUCUGCACAUACUUAAGAUGCAUACUAACCAUGGUACGACACAUUUCGUUACAGUCCACACUGUAAAUUUAUUUGAAAAAACAAUCUCAAAUCGUUAGCUAAUUUUUUGUUUCUAGAGGCCGUACCAAGGUUUUAAUGUAUCUUGUAUUUAUUAUUGAAUCAUAUCAAGAUGCCUAGGAGCUCUGGUGAAUUUUUUUCCAUUGCUUUGGUGAGCUGUCAAACGACAACUAUUUUUAUAACGGAAAUUAGUUGGUGAUAGAUGUGAUUGAUAUUCACCAGGGUCCUUAUGCUUUUGAAAACUGAACAUUCUAUUUGUCCGUCCACUGAUU